AUGGGAUCUAGUUUUGAAGAUCUCGUUACGAGGAAGCUAACGCCGGAAGCCAAAAUCGCCAAAGCCGUCGCGUACGUCGUGGUCGACACAAGGGGUCUGCUAAGGCAGGAGAAGGAGGCGGUGGUCAUGGCAGGGCGCCAUGGUCGACAGAAGGGGUUCCCCAAGGCCGGGUCGCAGGGGGAGGGGGGCAAGGGCAAGGGCAAGGGCAAGAAGGGUCCUCUUCCUCCGGCCAAGAACAUGAUGUCUGAAGAGGAUGUGAUGGACAUCCUGUCCUGGGAAAAGCGCGAGCCCUACAGCCGGAAGGAUAACAAGGACGCCGGCUUCUUCAACCGGUUGAAUGAUGAGCUCUUCCAGUACCAGCAGGAGAUCAGGGAUGAGUUUGAGGAGAAGGGCUACGUCGAGAUCCCAGACAACUUCAAGGAAGACAACAAGCGAAUCAACCUUGAAGCUUACAGGAUUGCCUACCUCAAGGUGUUUGGCACCGAACCGCCGGCUAAGAUCUGAACUGGAUCGGAGGAGUCUGUUUUUUUUACUGUCUAUCUAUCCCUAGCAGUCACUGGAGCACUAUAGCUUGCAGUCUUUCUAUCUGUGCACUACCUAUCUUAUCUGCCUAUCAGUUCUUAGUAUGCACUCUACUAAUUUGCAUGUUGGAGCGGUCUCUCUAUGCUACUACUAGUAUUAUUUAAUAUAUACCCCCCUGUGCUAAGAAA